GAACUCUGAACCUAUUUCAGGUGCUGCAUUUGACCCCCUCGGCCAGUCAAGGGGCCCUGCUCCCCCUCUAGAAACCAAAAAUGAAGACAGUCCUGAAGAAAAGAUUAGACAAUUAGAGAAAAAAGUUAAUGAAUUGGUCGAAGAAAGCUGUAUUGCCAACAGCUCUGGAGACCUAAAAUUGGCCUUAGAAAAGGCAAAAGAUGCAGGAAGAAAAGAGAGGGUCCUGGUGAGGCAACGUGAACAAGUCACAGCUCCAGAAAAUAUCAACUUGGAUUUGACUUACUCGGUUCUUUUCAACUUGGCCAGUCAAUAUUCAGCCAAUGAAAUGCAUGCUGAAGCUCUCAACACCUAUCAAGUCAUAGUGAAAAAUAAGAUGUUUAGCAAUGCAGGAAGAUUGAAAGUGAAUAUGGGAAAUAUUUAUUUAAAGCAAAGGAAUUAUUCCAAAGCCAUUAAAUUCUACCGAAUGGCCCUAGAUCAAAUCCCAAGUGUUCAUAAAGAAAUGAGGAUUAAAAUCAUGCAGAACAUUGGCAUUACUUUCAUUAAAACUGGCCAGUACUCAGAUGCCAUCAAUUCAUUCGAGCAUAUAAUGAGCACAGCUCCCAAUCUGAAGUCAGGCUUCAACCUCAUCCUCAGUUACUUUGCCAUUGGAGAUCGAGAGAAAAUGAAGAAGGCUUUCCAAAAAUUGAUUGCUGUCCCGCUAGAAAUUGAUGAAGAUGAUAAGUACAUUGCACCAAAUGAUGAUCCACACACUAACCUAGUAAUUGAAGCUAUAAAAAAUGAUCAUCUAAGACAAAUGGAACGUGAAAGGAAAGCCAUGGCAGAAAAAUACAUCAUGACAGCAGCAAAACUCAUUGCUCCUGUGAUUGAAACAUCUUUUGCCGUAGGCUAUGAUUGGUGUGUUGAAGUUGUGAAAGCUUCUCAGUAUGUGGAGCUGGCCAAUGAUCUGGAAAUAAACAAAGCAAUCACAUACUUGAGGCAAAAGGACUUCAACCAAGCUGUCGAGACCUUGAAAAUGUUUGAGAAAAAGGACAGCAGAGUGAAAAGUGCAGCUGCCACCAACCUCUCUUUCUUGUACUACCUGGAGAAUGAGUUUGCACAGGCCAGCAGCUAUGCAGACCUGGCUGUGAACUCAGACAGAUACAACCCAUCAGCCCUCACUAAUAAAGGGAACACAGUUUUUGCAAAUGGCGAUUACGAGAAGGCAGCUGAAUUCUAUAAGGAGGCACUGAGAAAUGAUUCUUCCUGCACUGAAGCACUUUAUAAUAUUGGCCUUACCUAUAAGAAGUUAAACCGGCUUCUUGAAGCAUUGGACUGUUUCCUGAAGCUCCAUGCAAUCCUGCGAAACAGUGCUCAAGUGCUUUACCAGAUAGCAAGUGUCUAUGAACUAAUGGACGAUCCAAACCAAGCGAUUGAAUGGUUAAUGCAGCUGAUAAGCGUCGUCCCAACUGACUCUCGAGCUCUAUCCAAACUGGGAGAACUAUAUGACAGUGAAGGAGAUAAAUCCCAGGCCUUUCAAUAUUAUUAUGAGUCAUACAGGUAUUUCCCUUCAAACAUCGAAGUCAUCGAGUGGCUUGGAGCCUAUUACAUUGAUACGCAGUUCUGUGAGAAAGCCAUUCAGUACUUUGAGAGAGCUGCUCUUAUACAGCCAACACAAGUGAAGUGGCAACUGAUGGUGGCUAGUUGUUUUAGAAGAAGUGGUAACUACCAAAAAGCAUUAGAUACUUACAAAGAUAUUCACAGAAAGUUUCCGGAAAAUGUUGAAUGUCUACGCUUCUUGGUUCGCCUCUGCACCGACAUCGGAUUAAAAGAAGUCCAAGAAUAUGCCACCAAACUCAAGAGACUGGAAAAAAUUAAAGAAAUGAGAGAACAGCGCAUCAAAUCAGGCCGGGAUGGCAGUGGGGGCUCCCGCACCAGUUCCAGGCGAGAAGGCAGCGCCAGCAGUGAUAGUGGCCAGAACUGUAAUGCGAGUAGUAAAGGUGAACGCCUCAGUGCCAAGCUCAGAGCUUUACCCGGGACAAAUGAACCUUAUGAAAGUAGCAGUAACAGAGAACUAGAUGCCUCCUAUGUGGAUCCUCUCGGCCCUCAGACAGAAAGACCGAAAACAACAGCCAAGAAAAGGGUUGAAGAAGAUGAUUUUGCUGAUGAGGAGUUAGGGGAAGAUCUGCUUCCAGAUUAACACACGUGCUGAUCUGUCCAAGGCAAGAACAAGCUCUUCUACCAUAUUACCAUAGGCAACCGUGGGCUAAAUAUCCAGGUUUUAAAUGUGUACGCUGUCAAAAUAUUCAGGAAGCUUAUUCUAUUUGUGAGUAUGGGGUUUAAGUUUUUUUUUUUAUGGAAUAAAAAAAUUGUGGAACUGGUA